CACAUACUCAUCCUCUCUCUCUCUCGCUUUACCAAAGCUCGUCAUCAUCUUCCCUACAGAAAAAUGGAGUCUCUCUAUAAUCAAGUCCCUUAUGUAUCCGCAGUUUUCUCUCUCUACACAUAUUUUUCUGCAGUAAUGAUGCUUUACCGUACAAUCGUCAACGAGAUUGUGCCUCAGCGAAUCCGAGAUUACAUCACUGUGAAAGUUGUAGACUUCUUCUUCUCGUCUUACUUACAGUCGAACUUCACGUUUGUGAUCGAGAAACAGUGGGAAUCUGCUGAGAACCAGACUUUCCGUGCGGCCGAAGUUUACUUACAGACGCGUCUCGCCGGACUCUGCACGGGAAAACUCGUCGUGGGUUCGAGUAAUCUCAAGAAUCCAGAGGAACAGCCGAAACUAGGGAUCCCUGUAAACAGCAAAAUCACUGAAGAUUUCGAAGGGAUUCAUCUCGAGUGGAGUCUACACUCUGUUGAAAUUAAGAAUUUUCCCUACGAGAAACGAUUACUUCACAUACUUACGAAAUCAGCAGCGAAGUUACUGCGCCAAUGCGAGAAUCUCAAGAUCUACAAUUACAACAGACAACACUUCUACUGGGAACCCACCAUUUUCGAGCACCACACGACCUUCGAGACCCUAGCCAUUGAGCCGCACCUCAAGACCACUGUGAUCGACGAUCUUGACGCUUUCUCUAAAGGAAAAGACUUCUUCAAGAGUGUGGGACGCGCUUGGAAACGUGGAUAUCUUCUUUACGGUCCACCAGGUACCGGAAAAUCCUCUAUGGUGGCUGCAAUUGCUAAUCACAUGAAGUACCAUAUCUAUGAUCUCCAGCUUCAGAGCGUUAGAGACGAUGCUGAGUUGCGCAAGAUUCUUACUUCCACCAAGAACAGGUCAAUUCUUCUCAUUGAAGACAUUGAUUGUGGAUCUGAUGCUUCUUGUAAACGCAAAGAAAAAUCUGCUGAGCUACAAAAUAAGAAGUUUGAAGAUGGGAUAUCUCUGUCUGGUCUGUUGAACUUUGUAGACGGGCUUUGGUCGAGCUGCGGAGAAGAAAGAAUCAUAAUCUUCACAACCAAUCACAAGGAGAAGCUCGACCCGGCCUUGCUGAGGCCAGGAAGAAUGGACGUUCACAUUCUCAUGGACUAUUGCACACCCUUUGUGUUCAAGAAGCUUGUGGCUUUGUACCUCAAGAUUUAUAACCAUGUCCUGUAUGAUCCCAUUGAGAAGCUCGUCCUUAAGGUUAGUGUAACUCCAGCCGAAGUCACUCAGCAGCUCAUGGCGAAUAAAAACGCUGAUAUUGCGCUUAAAGAUCUCCUCGAAUUCCUAAAAGCCAAGAAGAUGAAAGAGGAAGAAGAUACCAAAGUGGAGGACUAA